AUGUCAAAAGAUGCAGAAUCUCGUCUUCUUCACGAAACGCACGACAGAAAACCGGAAUUCGCUAAGAUGAAGCCCCCUGUAUCUGCAUGGAUUACUGGUUUAGCCACAAUAGUGGCUCUUAUUGCUUGUCUGGGAUACAGUAUACUCUUCCAGAAAGCUCUAAGCGGUUUCUCUAAGCAGGUCAACGCAUUCGUUUCUAUCGGUGAUUUUAGUUCAAAUUUUUUGCAAGCUAUUGUUUUUAUUAUUACUGCUGCAGUAAUCCUCUAUCUGUUAUUCAUUUAUCUUGCAUCUGUCUAUUUCCUGUUUAUUGGUGGAAUUUACUCCUUCUGUGCUCUCGUCGAUCAGCAAUGUUUCGACUUCAAAGUACUUAUACCAGCUAUUGUUAGCAGGUUUAGUAACAAAAAGGUGGAUAUGACUUUCUGUGCAGAAAAGAAAGAAUUGCUAUGCUCUCAACAGAACAAUCAAAUAUGGAACUUUUUUGGCGCAUUCAUCUGCUGCAUUGCAACUUUUGCAGCUGUAUUGUUCAUCCAGAACUGCGUGGUCUAUGGGCUUGGAAAGAGACAAGCAGCAAAAGAACACAAAAAACGAGAACAUUACGAAAUGAAAUCAAUGAGCUCCUAA